GCACAAUCGAUAAGCAGUGGUGUGGAUUGCGGGGGGGCUGGCAGCUCCGCAACUCGGCCUCGGCGCGCGCAAGGACGAGGAGCUCCAGUGAGAGGAUAGCUUCAUGGCACGAACCUCUACACACACAUAUGCGCGCCACUACUGCGAAACACACCCAACAGAGAGACUUCUCGUCUCCUCCAAAUAACAGUGCUUCGCGAUAGAUCCAAGUCCGAAAUCAUUGCCUCCGACCCAGCCACACUCGCCUCGUACCAGCUACUCAACGACCGACAGCAAGAAGAGCAAAUACAACCAGCCAAUCAUUCGCCACAAGAGCUGGCCGCCAAAACCUCCUCAAGCUGUUCUCUCUGCCGUCUUUGCAGAGCACUCACACUACACUUCGACAAUCAGGCAACCCUACGAGCAUAGAGUAUCGCGACGAACAGCAAUGAGUUGCACAGCGCUUCGCCCAGCUCCGUGGGCACAGGCGCGGAGAAGACUACUGCUCACCACUGCUUCGCGCCAAACACCAACACCGACACCAUCACCGUUCUCGAGGAGGAUUGCUGCUGCUACUGUUGGCGCCCUCCAGACACAGCCGGCCAGAUACUUCUCACAACACUUCCCAGGGUUUUCCCCUCCUGGUCUGCCUGGGCAGCCUCAGCAGGCGCCGACGGCCUCGCCGCCGCGAGGGGCCGUGCCGCUGCCGUACAUCACCGAGGUCACAUCUGGUGGCUGGAGGACAUACGACAUCUUUUCAAAACUUUUGCAGGAACGCAUAGUAUGCCUCAACGGCGCGAUAGACGACACAGUCUCGGCCUCGAUCGUCGCGCAGCUGCUGUGGCUCGAGUCGGACAACCCGGAGAAGCCGAUCACCAUGUACAUCCACUCGCCGGGCGGCUCCAUCACCGCGGGGCUCGCAAUCUACGACACCAUGGCGUACAUCCGCAGCCCCGUCUCCACGGUCUGCCUGGGCCAGGCGGCCUCGAUGGCGUCGCUGCUGCUGACGGGCGGCGAGAAGGGCAAGCGCUACGCCCUGCCGCACUCGAGCAUCAUGAUCCACCAGCCCCUUGGCGGCACACAGGGCCAGGCCAGUGACAUACUCAUCUACGCCAACCAGAUCCAGCGCACGAGGGAGCAGGUCAACGAGAUUUACCGCAAGCACCUGAACGAGUCGGCCGGGCGGGAGAGAUUUGGCGCAAAGGAGGUCGAGGACAUGAUGGAUCGGGACCGGUACCUCACGGCGCCCGAGGCCAAGGAGAUGGGCAUCGUGGACGAGAUCCUGACGCGGAGGCCCGAGAGAAAGCCUGACGAUGACAAGGCGGCGGAAGGGUCGACUGGUUCAGACGCGGCCAAGACUUCCUAGCCUAAAUGACUACCCUUGAUUCUGGCUGUUAUUAUGGAAUGAGACGCACUCAUCUCUACUGAUCGGUGUGGGUUUCUUGCACGGUGGCGGGGCGCGAGGCAGGUGGAUGGAUGUGGUGCUGAUAGCUCAGCCAAACCCUUGUUUGCCGCGUGACACAUGUCACAUUCAGAAAUAGUGAUUGUGACCAAUGGGCCAUAUUGUGGCCUGCCAUCACCGAGGGCUGAUCGCUUGCGAUGACCCGAAGGCUAUGCAGGGCGCGUGCACUAGUGCUCAGAGGAAAUGCUAGUCGUAACACCACACAAGAGACAUGAAACAUCCUCCCCUGGCGCCGAAAAACGAGGCGUUACCACCCCUAGAGAGGGCAUGCGGUGUCAGCAAACGGCGGGCAGGCCAUCAGUUUCUAGAAGGUGGUCGCCGAGGAGAAAGACGGCCCGGU